AAUUAGUAAAUCGCAACUCAAAUGUAUUAAAUAUUUUUUUUUAAAAAUAGUUGAAUACAAAAAUCAAUUAUAAAAUCUUAUUUGAGGAACAAUUAUUAAUUAGUUGCUAAACUAUUAAUUAGUAAAUCAAUAGUUUGUUUUUGAUUGACAGUUGAAAUAUUGAAUUAAAGAUAAGGUAAAGAUAUGGGCGGUUGUUGUGGUAAGAAAGAGGAAGAAGAACCAACCGAUGGUCCCGAACCUGAAAGUUCGGCUCCGGGAUCUAAAGCAGCUGGAGGACAGGGACCGUCACAAACUGGUUCGGCCAUUGAAUCUAAAGCCAGUCAGAAUAAGUCCAAAGUCGACGAAAAGAUGGGUUCGAAAUUUAUGGCCAAACCAUCGGGUGUGUCAACUGCCGGUUCGUCAGUCAGUGGUACCGGUGGUUCUAAAGCAGGUGGUUCCAAAGCUGGUGGUUCAUCAGUAUCAGGUAUGGGUUCGUCAGAUGCCGGCGGCUCUACUGUCUCUGGUAUGGGAGCAUCGCAAGCGGGUUCAUCAGCUUUCGGCUCAUCAUCGGCUGGUAGUUCUACAUCUGGUUCAUCGGUUAGCGGUAUGGGUUCGUCAAAUGCCGGUUCCUCUGUAUCGGGAUCUCAGGUCGGCGGCUCAUCUGUAUCGGGAUCUCAGGCCGGCGGCUCAUCUGUGUCGGGAUCACAGGCCGGUUCAUCAAUGAAUUCAAAAGUCAAGUCAUCCUCAAUGGACUCGAAGCCCAAAGGCUCCAGAGUUAUAGCGUCGGCCACAGGAUUAGCUAUUAAUAGCAAUAAAAAGUAAUUUAAAACAAAAAUUUAAGACAUUAUUAAUAAGUGUUCAGUGAAUGU